CUCCAGGUCUAGAGAGCGAGCGGAGAGGGAGUCGGUCCAGUUGGGGCGCCCUUCCCGGUCCGAGCGCUUCGCGUCUCCACUGAGUCCGCAGGCACCCGAGACCUUGCCCAGAGCAGGCCGGACCCCAGGCACCGAGGCCUUCAGGGGUGCGGGGCUUCCACCACCUCGGGAGCUGUCCGCGGAGCAGCCCCCGGCUCUGCUGCCGGAGCCGCCGGCGAUCUCCAAGCGGCGAUCUCCAAGCACUGUUCGGCUCGGCCGCGGGCCAGGAGGGGAGGGUCCGGCCUUGCCCCGCUGGCGUCCAUUGGUGGCUUUCCCCGGCCUCCGAGCCAUGCCGCGGGCCGGGUGAGCCUCUGCAGGCUCCAGAGCCCGCAGGUGCCGCGGACGCGCCAGGCCAGGUUCGGGAGGGGGCGCUGCACUCGCCAUGCUGCAAGGGCCCCGGGCCCUGGUUCCAGCGGCUGGGCCUCCCCCGAAAGGGGUGCUUGCCAUGAGCCCCACCGAGCUGUGGCCGCCCAGCCUUAGCAGUCCCCAGCUCUGCCCAGCCACCAGCACCUACUACACCCCGCUGUACCCGCAGACUGUGCCUCCCGCUGCAGCACCCGGCACCUGCCUCGACGCCACCCCCCACGGACCGGAGGGCCAAGUUGUGCGAUGCGUGCCGGCAGGCCGGCUGCCGGCCAAAAGAAAGCUGGACCUGGAGGGGAUUGGGAGACCUGCCAUCCCGGAGUUCCGGACCCCCAAAGGGAAGUGCAUCAGAGUGGAUGGGCUGCCUAGCCCCAAAACACCCAAGUCCCCUGGGGAGAAGACUCGGUAUGACACGUCGCUGGGGCUGCUGACCAAGAAGUUCAUUUACCUGCUGAGCGAGGCCAAGGAUGGGGUCCUGGACCUCAACUGGGCGGCUGAGGUGCUGGAUGUGCAGAAGCGUCGCAUCUAUGACAUCACCAAUGUGCUGGAGGGCAUCCAGCUCAUCCGGAAGAAGGCCAAGAACAACAUCCAGUGGGUAGGCAGGAGACUGUUUGAAGACCCCGCUCGACCUGGGAAGCAGCAGCAGCUGGGGCAGGAGCUGAAGGAGCUGAUGAGCACAGAGCAGACCUUGGACCAGCUCAUCCAGAGCUGCACCCUGACCUUCAAGCACCUGACGGAGGACACGGCCAACAAGAGACUGGCCUACGUGACUUACCAGGACAUCCGUGCUGUCGGCACCUUUAAGGAGCAGACGGUGAUCGCUGUCAAGGCCCCUCCACAGACGAGGCUGGAAGUGCCCGACAGGCCUGAGGUGAGAGGCGAAGCGUCAGUGGAGGAAAACCUGCAGAUAUAUCUGAAGAGCACCCAAGGGCCCAUCGAAGUCUACUUGUGCCCAGAGGAGGUGCAGGAACCGGACAGCCCUGCCAAGGAUGCCCUCCCCUCCACCUCCAGCCUCAGCCCCAGCCCCGACUCUGUCCAGCUCAAUAGCAGCACCAACCCUGGGACCGUGGAAUGCACUGCACCCUCAGCGUCCACGCUGACUCCGCAGCAAGUCCCGCCGCCACCUCCACUGCCGUGCCUUGCCCCGUUGGAGGCCAGCGACAGCGUGCUGGGGCCACCGCACCCGCUCCUGCAGCAGACCGAGGACCAGCUCCUGGGCUCAGCCCUGGCCGGCAGCUCCCCUCUGAUGAGCUUCUCGCCGCCUCUGGACCAGGACGAGUACCUGUGGGGCCUGGACGAGGGGGAAGGCAUCAGCGACCUCUUCGACUCCUAUGACCUGGGGGACCUGCUGAUUAACUGAGUGGCCUGUUUGCCCCCACAGGCAGGGUGGCGGCCACAGUGUGCCUCGGCGUGGCGGUCUGCUCGCCUUUCUCACUCCCUGUCAGCAGAAGCUGUCUGGGGAGAAGACUGGUGAGGGUGUGUCAGGGGUCCACCCCAGUCCUCCUAAUGGAAGCUGGGCCUGGGAAGGCCCCAGUCCUCUGACCUCUGACAUCUCACGGAGUACCCGCAGCUGAGGUGACCAGGUCCAGGGAAAGGCCCUGCCACCUUCUGUAGGGGUAGUUAGGAUCCCGAUUUUUCAAGGAGCACUUAACGCCUUCGUAUUUAUUUCAGGGUGAGUGUUUGUCCUCCCUGAGUUUUUGCAGGGAGAUGGUUCAAGUUUCUAGCAAGACUCCUCAGGCCCAUUGCUCUCCCCUGCCAAGGGCAGGCCUGGGCUCACAGGGCCAGGCCAGCUCCCCGGUUCUCACAGUGCUGGGGGCUGGGUCUCCGAGGGGCUGUCCAGUCUGCCAGGGUGGCAAUUGCACUUAGCCCUCGUAAUUCCAGCCAGUGGCCCUUUGACCUCUGAGCCUUGACCUCUCCCGCUGAGGUGCCAGCCUUGCACUCCUGGUCUCCUCUGUCCCAGACGGGGCUUGAGGGUCCAUUGCUAGGGCAGGUGGCAUGAAGGCUCCUGGGAAGGCAGGAGCAGCCAGGUAGGGAGGCCCUUCCUGUGGAAUCCGUCCUGUCCCUCCUGCGACUGCUGGGGCGUCAGCAGAGACGCUCCUGCGGAGGGACGAGGCCGUGGAGGCGGCUGUCGUGGCUUCUAUGGGCACUUGGCCUCAGAGUUUCUGCCCUGCCCUGCCCUGGCCCAGGGCUGUUUCUCCAAGGACCGAGGCAGGGGCAGCUCCGCUGUGGGGAAGAGAGAGAUUAGAACACGGAACGUCUGGGCCUUCCCGGAAGCUGUGGUGUCCCCCCGCCCUGGGAGGAUUGUUUUGCUGUGUAUGUUGCAGGGAAUGAUUCUUUAAGGACCUCUCUUGCUCCCAGCUGAUGACACAGAUCCCCAAGGACAGAGGUGACCAGGGCUUGGCAGUGCUCUUUGCUCCUUUGU